CACCGCACAGGAAGCGGGAAGCAGUGCGGGCCGUCCGCCUCCAUCCAGGCAUGUCUUGUCCCCAGGCCUCAUGCUGGGCACAGGGGACAUCGGUCUGCACUCAAGUUGCACCCCCUGUAAUAAAGGAAGAAGACAAGGUCAGGGCACCAGUUCCUUUCUGAGCCAUACCCAGAGCCACCCCCAGAGGAAUGAACUUUCCUGGAAAGAUAUUAUCAAUGCCUUGUCCCUGGUCAACAUGGUCCUGGGGCUCUUCUCCAUUUUCUGCAGCUGUAGCAGGAAAUCCCACUGUGCCUCCUGGAUGAUUCUGGUCAGCUUCCUGUUAGACACGGCCAUCAGGGCGAUGACCAGACACGUCAGCAUCUGUUCCAAGUCGGGAGCCGAGCUGAAUGACUUUGCCGUCUUCACCACCUUUGGCCUGGCCUCAGCCCUGCUCCUAGGGGUGAACGGACUUCUGAACAGGUUCCUAACAAUCAUCUACGUGUCAGCUACUUCUCUCCGCCUGUGCUUUUAUUCAGCUGGAGUUCCCUUCGCAUACAAGGGUCUACCCUGCCCCUAUGCUUCCUGUGUUUUGGCCUCCACCUCCCUUCUGACCAAAGGCAACUCGUUCAUUCUCUGCUGCAUGGCCUCACUCAUGAUUCUGUUCAUGAUAGACCAGAGCUACUACCCGCAUGAUGCAGUCCUGGAGUCUGAGAACUGGAAAAAAGUGAUUUUUAUGGGAGGUGUCUUCAUGCUGUUUUUCUCCCCGCUCUCUGUGACUGCUUUUUACUGCCUCGUGUGGUCGCUCUCCUACAUCUUCUUCCCGGAUGCCCUGUGGGGCAAGGCAGCCUGUCUGAGGCGAUGGCACUGAGGAAGCUAAACAACUCCCACCGGCCUCUGCGGGGUUUGUGUCAGCACCUGUGUUCACUAAAGCUUUCCUUGUACCUGUGUCAUCAUGUGCUGGAUACAUGGUGUCUCUGCUGCCUGGAACCAGAAUAGCUUACUGUAGGGCCAGUGGCUUUCACUUCUUCCUCUUUAUUCAGGGUUCUGACUCCCUUGGGGACAAUACUUGUGUAUGUCAACUAGAACAGAUUCUUUUCCCCUCAAGCUAAAUGUGGGCUGGGGUUGAGUUCCAGCUCUGGUACUAGCGGGGGGGACCCUUGGAAAGGGGUGAAACCCUUCAGGAUUGGUGUGGCCUCCGCCUUAGUCCUGACUGAUCUUAGUUACCCAGUGGUGGGAGGGGGCUUCCUAAAGCGUUGCUUACACUCGCAGACUCUGGCUCUGAGAGCAGAGCUAAUCACAGGGCUACCAUGUUGCCCAAUUUGAAUGUGUGUAGGAUUUUGUAUAAUAAUUUAAAAAUCCUGUAUCUUAACAGUUCAAGGCUUCUGCCUUUUGCUUCGUUUAGAGAUUAGACACAUUGACCAACACAAGGGCUGAUGAAGCAGUGGUUACAUUCUUGUGAGGCCCAAGAAAUCUACAUUUUACAUAAAGUAAGGGAGUGA